UUAUGACGUUGACAUAAGUUUGAGAGGAUGGCUAAAAUCGGCGAUCUUUGAAAAUGAAAUAGUGAUACGAUUGUACAUAUUGUGGUUAUAUGUAAUUUUAGUUUAUUCACUGAGUUUUCUUAUACUAUGAAACUUAAUUAAAAUACUAUUAUAAACAGUAAAAUGACUUCAACACCGAAUAUAACCGGUUUAACAAACAAGAAUUUAUUUCUUGUCGACUUUCAAGAACCAUACACGGAAAAAGUGCUGAGAGAUGAAUCUACACCAAACAUACGGAGUGUCGUGUUCAGCCCUAAAGGAAACUAUUUGGCUUAUAGAACAGAUAGGAAGGUAGAGAUACUCAAAUGUACGGACUGGUCUGUAACAGCUACAAUUGAUGGUAAUGUCAAGGACAUGUUUUUCUCCCCUUUGGACACUUACUUUAUAUCAUGGGAAAUGUUUUUUACCACUAAAGAUAAUCCUCAGGGAAAGCCAAAUCUACGGGUAUUUAAUUCACAAACUGGAGAGAACAUUGGAUCAUUUAUUCAAAAAAAUCAAAUUGGAUGGCAACCGAAAUGGUCAUCAGAUGAAAAGUUGUUUGCCAUUCAUGCAAAUAAUAGAAUACUCAUCUAUGAGGAUGCUAAAUUGGACAGAUACACACACAACAUUCAAGCAGACAAGCUUCAAGCAUAUAGUAUAUCACCAAGUCCAGCACCGGCAUACUAUUUCUCCAUUUUUACAUUGGGUAAAUCUGGUCAACCAUCCUUCUGGCGUAUAUUCAAAUUCCCCCAAUUUGACAUCAGCAAUGCAAUUGUGAGCAGAUCAUCAUUCCAAGCUGAUAAAGCAACAUUCAACUGGAAUAGACGUGGAACCAAUGUAUUUACCAUGACACAGACGGAUGUAGAUAAAACAGGCGGUUCUUACUAUGGAAAGCAAGCCUUAUCAUAUGGUGACAUAAAGGGGAAUGGAGGAAAUAUGACAUUUAGCAAAGAAGGACCAAUCCACUCGAUUGCAUGGAAUCCGGGCAAUUGGAACGAAUGGGUCGCGGUCUACGGACACGCGCCCGCUAAAGCCACGCUGUUCAACGCUAAAUGCGACCCAUUGUAUGAGUUUGGAACUGGAGCCUGGAACGCUAUAUACUUCCCACCUGAAGGAAAUAUAGUGUUACUAGGUGGUUUUGGAAACAUAGCGACUGGUCACAUAUCGGUUUGGGACCUGCGUGGGUGUAAGAAGCUGGGAGAAUGCUCAGCGCCAGAUACUACGUUCUUGCAGUGGGAUCCGCGGGGCGAAACAUUCAUCACUGCUACAACGUACCCUAGACUUACUGUUGGAAAUGGGUACAAAAUCUGGCACUACACUGGAGCGCUAAUGCACAAACGCGAGUGCGUAGAAAAAGAGAAUCUACUGUCAAUCAUCUGGCAACCAGGCACAUACCCAAAGAGUGAAUUGUCCAAAACAGUUCCCAAAGGGAUAGAAGUCGCCGCGCCAAAAGCCACUGCUUAUAGACCCCCAGCAGCUCGCAACAAACCAUCUACAUUCACUAUGCAUGAACAUGAAAAACCACAUAAACCUGGACAGAAUGCUGAGGCCGCCCCAUCAAAGCAAGCGAUAAAACAGAAGGAAAAACGCGAAGCGCGCAAAGCUCGUAAAGCGGAAGAAAAGGCGACGGAUAAAGGUGACACUCCCCCCACCACACCCUCCAGCCGGCCACCGUUCGUGUCUACGGGUGACCCGGAAAAAGAUAAAAAGAUAAAAAAUAUUAAUAAGAAACUAAAUGACAUAGAUAAACUAAAACAGCAGAAGGCAGCUGGAAAACAAUUGGAACUCAAUCAGUUAGCGAAAAUUGAAAAUGAAGCUGCUUUGUUACAAGAAUUGGAGCAGCUCAAAUUAUGAUGCAAUAUAUUAUUAUAUUUGUAUUUUACUUGCAUUUCGCUCAGAAUAGAUGAUAAAAAAUACUUAGUACUGUAUACACAAAUAUUUUAAGUUAGUAGUAUUGUAAACAAAUAUCAAGCGUUUUCUGUGGACAGUUAAUUCAACUGAGAUAAUUUCUCCAUAAAACUUUAUAUUAUAUCUUAAACUUUUUUUAUUUAAAAAAAUAUUUUUUAUAUUUAAAUUGGUUAAAUACCUAUUUUUUAUAUAGCAAUACAUAGUUUGCAUAACUGAGAACAAUAUGAUUGUGUGUAAGGCUUUUUUUUUUUCUUCGUUUAAAUUGUUCAAUACUAACAAUGGUAUACCUUUAUUUAACUCGAUAAUUCUGACUUCACUUUUAUUACGUGUCAAAAUAAUAAAAUUGUGAAAAAAAUAUUCGAAUUAUAUUUUUAUAUAGCUUUAUCGAGGAAAAAAGUGCAAGACAGCAUGUCACAUAAAAUUGUUAUAAGAAUACAUA